AUGGCCGUGCGCUGUAGUCCUAGGGCGCUCGCGUGGCUCCGUGGGCGCUGUGGGAGGCGCGGAGCUCUCGCGCCCGGCGGUUUCUUCGUCGAGGGAGCGAGAGCGCGGUGCUGCGAGUCCAGGCCGGGCUCGUCUGGUCCCCGCCACGGCCGCAGCGAGGCGCCCUUCCGGGCCGGGGAGCUGGUGGUCGCCGAGACUCGCAGGGGAGCCGCGCGGCGCCCGAAGCUCUUCCGGCUGAGCAGCGGCGGGCGCCUCCACAGCGCCCGGGGCGCCGUCCCGCACAGCGACAUCGUGGGGCGGGCGCCUGGCCUCCUGCUGCGCAGCUCCUCCGGCCGCGAGCACUGGCUCCGGAGGCCCUCGCUGGAGGACUACGUGCUGCUGAUGCCCAGGGGGCCCGCCAUCGCCUACCCCAAGGAUGUGACUAUGUUAUUGUUGAUGAUGAAUAUCCAUCCAGGUGAUACUGUCUUGGAAGCUGGCUCUGGCUCUGGUGGAAUGAGCUUGUUUUUAUCUAAAGCAGUUGGACCACAAGGAAGAGUCGUGAGUUUUGAAAUACGAAAAGACCACCAUGAGCUGGCUAAGAAGAAUUAUAACCACUGGCGUGCUUCAUGGAAAUUGAGUCAUGCAGAAGAAUGGCCAGACAAUGUGGAUUUUAUUCAUGAGGACAUUUCCAGAGCAACUGAGGACAUAAAGUCUUUAACAUUCGAUGCGGUAGCUCUGGAUAUGUUAAAUCCUCAAAUGGCUUUGCCUGUGUUUUUCCAAAAUCUUAAACAAGGUGGUAUAUGUGCUGUUUAUCUAGCAAACAUUACACAGGUUAUUCAACUUUUAGAUGGAAUUCAAACCCAUGAACUUGCUCUCUCAUGCGAAAAGAUAAGCGAAGUCACAGUAAGAGAUUGGUUGGUUUGCCUUGCAAAACAGAAAAGUGGAACUUUACCCCAAGAAGUGGAGCCUAAAGGCCACAGGCAUCUACAGUCGCAUUCUGGACUUGAAGGUGAAAUGUUUCAAGAUGACUGUGAAGAAUCGCGCUGUGAUUUUCCAUAUGGAUCAUUUCCCUAUAUUGCUAGACCUACACACUGGCAAGUUGGUCACACAGGUUUUCUUGUCAAACUGCGGAAGUUUAAAACACAGUGUAAUGGAGCCACCCUCAGAAAACAAUAACGGAUAUGGAGA